UUCUCCUACAUAGGAGACGUUUCUUAUACUUUCUCCUCUCUUCUCUCUGCAAUUCUCUCUUCUCUUCCUCAAGUUUUGUUUUUUUUUUUUUCUGAUGAUUGCUUUUCUCGUGCUCUAGUCUCUUGAUUCCCGUUGCGCAUGGUACCAAGCCGUUCGAAGUGGUGGUGAUGAUCGAUGUGCUGCGGCGAGGCGGUGCAGAUGUAACGGUGGCCUCCGUGAAGAAUCAGGUUGGAGUUGAUGCAUGCCAUGGAAUCAAGAUCGUCGCCGAUACUUCUCUCUGAUAUCACCACUCCGUUUUCGACCUUAUUAUGCUCCCGGAGAGUUUACAACUUUGAUUCUGAUGAGAGCUUUCUUUACUUCUUCUUUGUCUGUGAAAGCUUACAACUUUGAAUCACAUGAACUCGUUUUUCCCAAACUGGAGGACGAGUAGCCCUAUAAGGCGAGCCAAAGGCGGCUGGACCUCUUCCGAUGAGACAUUGACACAAGCAGUUUGUAAGUUUAAUGGCAAGAGCUGGAAGAAAAUAGCUACUGAAGCUGAUGUAUCAAGGACCAGUAACAGCAGGAUACCACCAGAGCAAUUGGAGCAAAAUCGGAAGGACGGUGAAUCCGAUGAUCCAACGUUACGCUCCCUUCUUGAAUCCUCCGGUGACUGCCGUUCAGAGAUGGUGGUUCAGGUGAAAAAACAAACAAAUGUCAGCUAAUUUGAGAUAACAAACUCAAAGUGGUGAAAACUCCAAAUGUUGUGAAUCCCUUUGUGCUUGGUUCUUUUGUAAGUUUUUCAAUCAAAAACUUGAAUAUAGAGUUAGCUUGUACUAUGUUUUAAGAAAAAAUUUAAGUUUAAUAAGAAAAAUA